UCUGGAAGUGGUCCGUCCAAUAUUAUCUUCCUCCACCAGUGUCAAUGCAUGGUAGCCGCACUGGUGGGGACGAAAUAGAAAGUGUAGAAAUAUGCUUUAAGCUAUCAUUAUGUUCUAACUGUAUGAAUCGUUAAAUUGAGCAGCAGUAGCGGCAGUAGCCAUGGGACCAGAGGAGGGCUGUGAAGCUGAGUCUUCAGAGAGUUUCUUUCCGGGUGAUGAAGAUAUUGAUAAAUGGAUGUCCAGAGCUUUUGACAUGGCCAGAGAAGCUCUGGAGAACGGAGAGGUGCCUGUCGGAUGUCUGAUGGUCUACAAAGAUGAAGUUGUGGGGAAGGGAAGGAAUGAAGUCAACGAGACUAAAAAUGCGACUCGGCACGCUGAGAUGGUUGCUCUGGACCAGGUCCUGGACUGGUGUCGCUGCAGCGGCCUGGAUGUGAGGAGUGUGUGUGAACGGACGGUCCUGUACGUCACCGUGGAGCCGUGCAUCAUGUGUGCUGCAGCUCUGCGGCUGAUCAAUCUCCCGGUGGUCGUGUACGGCUGCAGGAACGAGCGCUUCGGAGGCUGCGGUUCAGUUCUGGACAUCUCCUCUGCACACUUACCUCAGACUGGGACCACAUUCAAGUGUGUUUCAGGUCACAGAGCAGAAGAAGCUGUGGAGAUGCUGAAGACUUUCUACAAACAGGAGAAUCCAAAUGCCCCAAAACCAAAGACAAGGAAGGACUGACCUCCCAAGAAAUGUGCUGUUGGAUGUUUCUUUCAACAAAUUGUUUGUAUUUACAUUCAAAAAAUCUAACAAUAAAUGUUGUUUUUUUACGUC